AUGUCAGCUUCGGAAUGGCGGCGUACUCUCGACAUCAACACGACGGGCUCUUUCCUCUGCGCACAAGCCGCCGCAAAAACCAUGAUCGCCCAGAAGACCGGCGGCUCGAUCGUCUUCAUCGCCUCCAUCAGCGCGCAGAAGACGAAUUUCCCGCAGCCGCAGGCCGCGUAUAAUGCGAGUAAGGCGGCGCUGGUGAGCUUGAAGCGCAGUCUAGCGGCCGAGUGGGCCGUGCAUGGCAUCAGGGUCAAUAGUCUGAGUCCGGGGGUUGGAGGAGGCGAGGGCGGUGUGGAGGGAACGGUGUCCGAUGGGGAGGAUGGGGAGUCCGGAGGAGUUGGCGGGGCCGUUGGUGCUGCUUUGUAG